AUGGCGACGAAGAAACUCCUCGACGUCCUGAUCAUCGGCGGUGGCCCCGCGGGCUUAUCGACCGCCCUCGGCCUCGCCCGUCAGCUCCAUUCAGCAGUCAUUUUCGACUCAGGCGUCUACCGAAACGACCUUGCAAGCCACAUGCACAAUGUGGUGACUUGGGACGAUCGUGCGCCGGCCGAUUUUCGAGCAGCAGGUCGAAAAGAGCUUCUGGAGCGAUACCGGACGAUCCAGGUGGAAAACGUGAGGGUUGACGAGGUUCGCAAGGACACGAACGGGUAUUUCGAGGCCAAAGACGCCAGCGGGCAGAUCUGGUGGGGUCGCAAGCUAGUGCUGGCGGUUGGCGUCCGCGACAUUUCGCCCGACAUCCACGGAUACGCGGACUGCUGGGGAAAGGGAAUAUUUCACUGCCUUUUCUGCCAUGGGUACGAGGAUCGAGGGUGUGCGUCAAUAGGCGUGCUGGCGGUUGGCGACUGUGCGAGUCUUCGUCCUGCCAUGCACUUGGCACGCAUGGCCCGACGUCUCGCAGAGAAAGUUACGGUUUACACAGACGGCGCUGUUGAGCUGUCGGAGUCUCUCGCCGGCCCGCUCAAGUCUGCUGGAUUCCAGCUGGAGACGCGUCACAUCGCGAAGCUCAUCAACGGCUCGAAGGAACCUGAGAUGGUAAUCGAGUUGGAAGAUGGAACAACUAUAACAGAGGGCUUUCUAGUUCAUAAGCCAAAAACGGAAGUCAACGGGCCGUUUGCCCAGCAAUUGAACCUGGAGCUUACUCAAGAAGGUGAUAUUCGUGUGAACGCGCCCUUUUAUGAAACUACCAGUGUGCCUGGCGUAUUUGCAGUGGGUGAUUGCGGCUCUUUUGGAAAAGCUGUUGCACAGGCAAAUGCGACGGGACUGUGGUGUGCGUCUGGCCUUGUUGCACAACUACAAGCGGAACCUUCACUGUAG